UAUAGUUAUAUGAAGAUGGCAGUUUAAACGAUAUUAACAAUGUUAUUGGGAUAACCAUAACUUUCAUAACGAAAAUGUCAUAAUUAAAUCAAAGAAUUUUAUUUUGUUUAUUGAUAUAAUUUAUUGUUAUCCAACAAAUGGAAGUUACCUGAUAUUAUUAAUAUAAGGAUAUAUAAAUUUAUUUGCUAAAAUUUUUGACAUUUCAUUUGAAUCGUCAAGUUUAAUAAAAAUGCAACGAUACGAUAUUCUUAUUCAAGAGAUAGAAGCCAUAGAUGAUUAUUUGGGUCCAACUUUUCGAUGCGAUAUUUAUCAUGCAUAUGCGCACUAGAAGGGUUGAAAAGGGGGUGAGCACCCCCGUAGAAGAAUAAAGAAAAAUUUAAUUAGAGUUCUAUUAUGUCAAGAUUGUCAACUAAUCAAGUUGAUAAUCUAUUGUCAACUAUGGUUCCAAAACACGAAUAUCUUUUAUAUGAAAUAGAAUCUACAGAUACUAAUAGUAUAGGCCUUGUUUUCAGAGCAAUUUAUGAUGGCCAUGAACAUCAAAAAUUUAUGGAAAAGCUUGAUGAGCGCAUUAAAGCACAUGAUAAAGAUAUUGAAAGAAUGUGCAAUCAUCAUUAUCAAGGUUUCAUUGAUUCAAUUAGAGAACUAUUACAAGUUCGUUCUCAAGCUCAACAGCUUAAUGCUGAGAUAUUAGAACUUGAUAAACGUAUCACUGCCACUGCCACCAAAGUAAUAGAAAAAGGAGAAGAGCUUGUUAAAGCACGUAAAGUAGAAAGUAAUAUGGCUGCAGCAGUAGAUAGUCUCACUAUGUGUCUUCCUGUUUUAGCUGCUUAUGCAAAGUUACAAAAACAAUUAAAAGAUAAACGAUUUUAUCCAGCUUUAAAGACAUUGGAACAAUUAGAACAUCAUGAUUUACCAAAAGUAACAAAUUACAGAUUUUCUUCACAAAUUACUCAACAAAUUCCGCAACUACGUGAAAAUAUAAAGGAUGCUUCCAUGUCUGAUUUAAGAGACUUUUUAGAAAAUAUUAGAAAAUAUUCACCAAAAAUUGGUGAAGUUGCUAUGAGACAUACACAAGAACAGUUAACUGUCGAAGCAGAAAUUAUUGGUCGAAAAAAGAAAAGAUCACAUGUAACAAAUUCAAAUGAAUCAGAGGAAGAAUUAAGCGCUCAAGACUUAAUGGAUUUUAGUCCCGUUUAUCGUUGUAUGCAUAUUUAUACAGUACUUCGUGAAGGAGAAACAUUUAAAGCAUAUUAUAGGCAACAAAGAAAACAGCAAGCUAGAUUAGUUUUACAACCACCUAUUAAUAUGCAUGAAAGUAUAAAUGGUUAUCAAACAUAUUUACAAGGCAUUGUAGGAUUUUUCGUAGUAGAAGAUCAUAUUUUAAAUACCGGUAAUGGUUUAGCUACACGCACUUAUUUAGAUGAAUUAUGGCAGAUGGCAUUAUCGAAAAUCGUAAAUGCAUUACGUACCCAUUCCGCGUACUGCACAGAUGCGACACUUAUUCUAAAAAUAAAAAAUCUUAUAAUGCUAUUCAAUACAACAUUAAGAAAUUAUGGAUAUUCAGUAGGACAACUUUGGGAUUUAUUACAAGAAAUUCGAGUACAUUAUAAUGAAGUUCUAAUGCAACAUUGGGUUCAAGUGUUUAGAGAUAUUUUGGAUGAAGAUAGUUUUUUGCCAAUUCAUGUAACAACACAAGAAGAAUAUGAUAACGUUCUUGAUUUAUUCCCAUAUCAUGAUGAAGAGUUACAAAAAAUAGAAUUUCCUAAAAAAUUUCCAUUUUCGGAUAUGGUACCAAAAGUUUAUCAACAAGUAAAAGAAUUCAUUUAUGCUUGCUUGAAAUUUUCCGAAGAUUUAAAUUUUACUCAAACCGAAAUAGAUGAAAUGAUUUGCAAAUCAACAAAUUUACUAUUAACGAGAACAUUUAGUGGAUGUUUAUCAUCAUUAUUUCGAAAACCAUCAUUAGCACUUCUACAAGUAGUUCAAAUUAUAAUAAAUACUGGUUAUCUUGAAAAAUCAACUAAAUAUUUGGAAGAAUUUGUGUCUAAUAUUACAGGAACACCACAUGAAGGACAAUUGAGUUGUAUGGAUGUUGAAUCAGCUAUGUUUAGAGUUGCAAGAGAUGAUGCUGAAAAACAAAUAUGUGAAAAAUUAAAAAAUAAACUUGAUGAAUUUUUAGAAUUGGAAAACUAUGAUUGGAAUUUGGCAGAACCUCAAGGACAUGCAUCUGGUUUUAUUACUGAUCUCAUAGCAUUUCUGCAAAGCACCUUUACAUGUUUUACUAAUUUACCGGAUGAAGUUGCACAAGUUGCAUGUGAAUCUGCCUGUUCUCAUAUAGCAAAAUCUAUAUUAGGAAUAUUAGUUAGUGAAGACGUAAAACAAAUAUCUAUGGGUGCUCUUCAACAAGUCAAUUUAGAUACAAUACAAUGUGAGCAAUUUGCUGCCUCGGAACCUGUUUCUGGUUUACCCGAAGGUACCUUACUCCAACAUUUUGCACAGUUAAGACAAUUACUGGACUUAUUUAUGAGUUGGGACUGGCCUACGUAUUUUCAUGACUAUGGCCAUGAAUCAAGUAAAUAUCAUUUAGUAACUCCAAAUAUGGCUGUACUUUUGUUAGAGAAAUUAAAAGAAUCCGAUAAAAAAACAGUAUUUUCUGUAUUAAAGAAAAGUGAACGAGAUAAGAAAAAGCUUUUAGAAACUGUAUUGAAACAAUUACGUCAAUUAGCACAAACGACACAACAACAAUGAACUUAAAGUCAUUAUGUAUAUACCUCAAAGAGAUUGUAAAUAUAUAAUUUUUAAUAUAUAAAGCAUAUUUAAAAACAUAUUAUUAAUAAAAUAAUUGUGACAAAAUUUCGAUUGAUCAAUCACAUGAUUCCUUAUUAUCAUGAUACAAUGAUUAUUAACAUGCAUAUUGAUUUUCGUACUGUCAUCUUAUAUUUAUUGUGCUUAUGAUAUCAAUUUUCUGAUAUUUAUGUUACUAUCAUUUUUUUUUAUAAUUAUUAACAAUUUCAUUUGAAUUUCAGGCAAUAGAAUGUAAUACAUCAGUAAAUUCCCAUUACACUUAUUAUUUUAAUUGUUUUCCUCCUAAAUUUUCAUUAUUAUUUUACAUGUAAAUGAGUUACAUAUUGUACAAUAACUGUACAGUGAAUAAAGUAUGAUGUAUAAAGUCCCAAUUCCUAAGUCUUACAGAUGUAAUUAUCUUCAAAAUUA